ACCUCUUCUUUAUCCAUUCAUCUUCCGAUGGACACCGAGGCUCCCCGUCCUCAACUAUUACCCAUACUGAAUGCACUCAGCCUCAUCUAGUCUGAAACCGAGAAGUGGUUCUCACUCCCGGAGAGAUUAUUACCAGAGAAGCAGCCCCCACACACUCAGGUGCCACGUCUCCACCAGCCAUUUUUUUUUAUAAACGGCAACGGGCACUGAACCCGAACCUUCCCAGAAACGGUCACAGAACCCCUGGCCCAGGUCAGUGGAGCUUGCUUCCAAGAGCUGCCCUGUUCCCAGGCCAGCCCUAUAAAUACUCCCAAAGUCCCCCUGGACAUGCAGUUAGUAGUACCUCUGCCUCUGGGCACUGUCCCCACACUCAGGCCCUACGCUCCCCGCUGGACCAAAGCCUGCAGGUGAGAAGUGACCAAAGCAGACAUCCCCCCUCUCACACACUUUGGACCUUUUGUUCUGAGUCCACCUGCAAAAGAAAUGUCAACUCUACCGAGGAAAGCAGACACACAAGGACCUGGCUAGAUGAGAAGAACCAGAUCCUCCAGGUUUGUGCCUCAGGGGCUGAUGGGCAGGUACCUGAGAAAGUCCCGAGGAGGAGGGAGCGGUGAGCUGAAGACGCCCUGUUGGUACAAGAUAGGGUCAAAACACGUAUACUUUUUUCCCUCAGAGCCCCCGGGCUGCAAGCACCACCAGCGCCCAUGCCCUCAGGGAGGCAAAAAUAGCGUAGACGUCACUGGUCUGAUUUUACCAGUGGGAACCUACCCCUCAGGAGGCCAACGUUACACGCAUGGCGCUGCGGCCAGGCGAGAUCACGGACCCAGAAGCCGGGAUCUAGUCUGACGCAGACACUGCUAGAGGCGGGCCUUGGGCCAAGCUCCUCUUAGGUCGGUGACCUCGCUUAGUGGCCUCACCUCUGCAGGCGGAUCUCCCUCUCCCCUUAGUGGAGUCCAAGCCUCCCAGACCGCUCACCCGCUGGCCCUUGGGGAACUCGGCUUCGGGAACGUUGGCCCCGCCCCGCGGCUCCUCCCGCCCCGCCAUUGGCUCCGCGGGCCGGGGGCGGGGCCGAGCGCCCAACCGCCGGGUUGGCGUCAGGCGCCUCGAGCGCAGUUUCCGGGCGUCGGUGGCGGAGAGGCCGGAGCGUCGGGUCGGAGGCUGAGAGGCUGCAGCGGCCAGGAGCGACCCCGCCCCCUCCCCGCUCGCUCUGCCAGGUGCAGGAUCAGAUUCAGGCCUUAGAGACGAGGCUGUCACGGAUGGCGGGGAAGUCUCCGAGAAGAGGAGGUUGCUGUUUACUGAUGAAUGGAGUGUUUCAAAAGCGGUGAAGCCAGGUCAUCCCUUUCUUCUUUUAAAGUGUCAUGUGAUUCUCCGAGGGAGCUGCUGUGUGAGUGGAAAUGCUCUCAGUGCUGGAGAAUGGACCCCCGGGCUGCCAUCCCGGGAGACUCCGCGGCCGCGAUGGCGAUGGCGGCGGACGUCGAGGGGGACGUGUACGUGCUGGUGGAGCAUCCCUUCGAGUACACCGGCAAGGACGGGCGGCGCGUCGCCAUCCAGCCCAACGAGCGCUACCGGCUGCUGCGCCGGAGCACGGAGCACUGGUGGCACGUCCGGCGCGAGCCCGGCGGCCGCCCCUUCUACCUGCCGGCGCAGUACGUGCGCGAGCUGCCGGCGCUCGGGGACCCCGCCGCCUCCUCGCCGCCGCCCGCGCUCCGCCCGGGCCCCGCAGCCCCCGAACCGCUCGCCUACGACUACCGCUUCGUGAGCGCGCCGGCGCCCGCGGGCCCCGACGGCACGGCCGCCAAGCCCCGGGGCCGCGUGAGCUCCCUGUGCGGCCCCGCGCGGCGCGGCGCCUCGACCCAGCACGGCAGCCCCGGGCCCGGCCUGCCCACCUGCCUGUACACGCGGCCCGCGGCGCCCGUGCGGCCCGCGCAGUCCCUGGACGACCUGGCGCGCGCCGCCGUCGCGCCCCCUGCCGGCCUCCUGGGAAGCGCGGGCAGCUUCAAGGCCUGCAGCGUGGCGGGCUCCUGGGUGUGCCCGCGCCCCCUGGCGCGCAGCGACUCGGGGAACGUCUACGAGGCCAUCCUGGACGAGCGCGGCCCGGCGCGGGACGAGCGCCCGCAGCAGGUGGACGACCCCCCGGAGCCCGUGUACGAGAACGUCGAGAGGCAGCCCCUGCCCACGUCACCCGGCACCGCCUCGGUCCCCCGCCCCCCCGCAUGGGAGACGCACAGGGACGCGGGCAGCGGGCGCCGCUACUACUACAACCCAGACACGGGCGUGACCACCUGGGAGUCGCCCUUCGAGGCCUCUGAGGGCGCCGCCAGCCCAGCCACCUCUCCGGCCUCGGUGGGCAGCCGCGAGAGCCUCGAGACAGACUGGGGCCAGUAUUGGGAUGAGGAGAGCCGCAGGGUGUUCUUCUACAACCCGCUGACGGGCGAGGCCGUCUGGGAGGACGAGCCGGAGGACGAGCCCGAGGACGAGCCCGAGGACGAGCCCGAGGACGAGCCCGAGGACGCGCUGGAGGACGCGCUGGAGGACAUGCAGCCAGGCCUGAGCCCACUGGACCCCGGGGAGUGCAGGCCCCCUACCCCUGAAACGGACUACCCCGAGUCGCUGACCAGUUACCCCGAGGAGGACUACUCCCCCGUGGGCUCUUUGAGUGAGCCUCGGCCCACCUCUCCGUUGGCCGCGCCCCCGGGCUGGUCUUGCCAUGUGAGCCCCGAGGGCCAGACACUCUACACCAACCACUACACCCAAGAGCAGUGGGUGCGGUUGGAGGACCAACAUGGGAAGCCCUACUUCUACAACCCAGAAGACACCUCAGUUCAGUGGGAGCUGCCCCAGGUUCCUGUCCCUGCCCCUCGAAGCAUCUGCAGAUCCAACCAGGACAGUGAGACCCCAGCCCAGGCCAGCCCCCCUGAGGAGAAGAUCAAGACUCUGGACAAGGCCGGUGUGCUUCAUCGCACCAAGACGGUGGACAAGGGGAAGCGGCUCCGGAAGAAGCACUGGAGUGCCUCCUGGACGGUGCUGGAGGGUGGCGUCCUGACAUUCUUCAAGGACUCGAAGGCCUCAGCUGCAGGCGGCCUGAGGCAGCCUCCCAAGCUCUCUACCCCUGAGUACACAGUGGAGUUGAGGGGGGCCUCUCUCUCCUGGGCCCCCAAAGAGAAAUCUAGCAGGAAGAAUGUGCUGGAGCUGCAGAGCCGAGAUGGCUCAGAGUACUUGAUCCAGCACGACUCCGAGGCCAUCAUCAGCACCUGGCACAAGGCCAUUAGUGAGGGCAUCCAGGAGGUGUCCGCAGACCUGCCCCCGGAGGAGGAGAGCCAGAGCAGCGGCGCGGACUUCGGGUCCAGCGAGCGCCUGGGAAGCUGGCGGGAGGACGAGGCGCGGUUGGGUGCAGGCGCAGCCGCCGCGGAGGGCGACCUGAGCAAGGUCCGGCACAGGCUCCGCAAGUUCCUGCUGAAGCGGCCCACGCUGCAGUCGCUGCGGGAGAAGGGCUACAUCAAAGACCAGGUGUUCGGCUGCCCGCUGGCCGCGCUGUGUGAGCGCGAGAGGAGCUCCGUGCCGCGCUUCGUGCAGCAGUGCAUCCGCACGGUGGAGGCUCGGGGGCUGGACAUCGACGGCCUGUACCGCAUCAGUGGAAACCUGGCCACCAUCCAGAAGCUGCGCUAUAAGGUGGACCACGAUGAGCGCCUGGACCUGGACGACGGGCGCUGGGAGGACGUGCACGUGAUCACCGGAGCCCUGAAGCUCUUCUUUCGAGAGCUGCCGGAGCCCCUCUUCCCCUUCUCGCACUUCCGCCAGUUCAUCGCUGCCAUCAAGCUGCAGGACCAGGCCCAGCGCUGCCGGUGUGUGCGGGACCUGGUGCGCUCGCUGCCCGCCCCCAACCACGACACGCUGCGGCUGCUCUUCCAGCACCUGUGCAGGGUGAUCGACCACGGCAAUCAGAACCGCAUGUCCGUGCAGAGCGUGGCCAUAGUGUUCGGGCCCACGCUGCUGCGGCCCGAGACCGAGGAGACCAGCAUGCCCAUGACCAUGGUGUUCCAGAACCAGGUGGUGGAACUCAUCCUGCAGCGGUGCUCAGACAUUUUCCCGCCGCACUGACCGCGGGCCCCUAUCCCCACCCUCGGGGCUGGCGCUGCAGACCUGGGACUGAGGGCAGCGACAGUGGUCCUGCCUUAGAAGCUGGAUGGUUGGAGGCCGCUUGGCCAGAUUCACCGGUGAGGCCCUCGGCCUCCCACAGGUCCGCAGGCGGAAGUGUAAUCUGCGCCCCUUGGUGCAGUAUGGAGACCCCUGGUGGGCGUUUGCAAAAUGUGAUUUCCCCGCCCCCACCCCCACCCCCACUCCCACCCCCACCCUCGGCCUGUCCUAUUUCGGAGCUUACUUGGGUUCUGUUCUUUAUUACAGCGACACCUGCUGUGUGCGUGUGAGAAUGUGUUGGGGUGAGAGUUUGUUUUUCGGGAUCGUUCUAUUGGAGGAGGAGGCCUUGGGUGAGGGGCUUCUUGGCUUUUUCAGGCCUGCCUCCCCUCCUCCGCCCCUCCCCAGUCCCCGGUGUCAGCCCUGGGACAGCGGCCUACAGCUCCCCUGCUGCCCUGCCUUGUCUCGGGGCCAGACUCCUGCUUGACACCCUCAGUGGCUGAUGGUGGACGGUUUUCACCUGCUUUCCUGUUCUGGGCAGGCCUCUGCCCUCCCUGACCCACUUGUGUUCUGUGCACCGGCUGUUCAUAUUAACUGUGUCCCUCACACUGGCUACGAGACAUGCACCAUUUCCACACGCAGUCACAUUUGACAAGUGAAGAGGGUGUGGCAGCGGCAAAGUGAC